UAAUGGCGGUUGUGUGCGUUGUUGUGUUUGAUUUAUUUUCCUAGUUUGAACCACAUAAACUGGUAAAUCAAUGAACUGAAAACGUUAUUUAGACUUUACCUUUUCUCGGAGAAGCUGGCAACUCAAUUGAACCUCGAAAUGAAUUCUAUUUUCAAAGACAGUUGUUGACAUUGGAACGAAAAUGUCGCUUGACAACAAACUAAAAUGGAAGCAGUCCUUUCAAAAGUCAAAAUCUUUGUCUCAAAGCUCCAUAAACGCAUCAAGAAAAGCGAGUUUACUUGAAGAUGAAACAUCAGAUCAGGAAUUGCAGGAUUACUUGGAGAGUUUGAAGAGGAAGUCUGGGAUCAGCGGACUUUGGACUGGUGAAAAGUUUGAUAAGGUUGUACGUGAUGAUGAAGAUAAGACUCCAGACAUAUCAAUAUCUAGCUCAGAUAAUGAAGGAGAGGAAAUUCAAAGCUUUCAUUCGGAUAUAAAGCAAGAUGAUUAUUCUGAUGAUGACUUUAAACCCAACAUCGUCAUGCUUCCUGAAUCAUUAUCUGAUCCCAAGGAUGAUCUGUCAGAUGUCAGUUCUGGAGAGCUGUUUCAUGGUGUUCAGUUAGCUAAUUUUGACUUGAGUGAUGGUGAAACCAAAGAAGAACCAAAAUCAACCUCAUUGAACAAUGAAGAUUUAUCCAAAAGUGCCUCAAUAAGUGAGCCCAAAGACAUCAAUGCUAUCAUGAAUAACUUACAUUUAGCUUCUGAAAUUGAAACUGAGGACGAGGUUGCUGAAGAAAUUGUGGAUGACGUUGAUAUAGAUGAGACUAUUCCUCAAACAGUUGACAAAGACUCUACCUACUAUAGUUCUUUUCAAUCUAGUCCAGAGCCUAAUCGCACUGACAGAGAGAGUACUACCCCUUCUGGUAGAAGGUCAAGAAAUAGACCUAGGAGUCGAGCAAAGAGUGCUACUAGUGUUGAACAAUCAUAUACCAUGGAUUUUUCCACUGCUGAUGAACCAUCAACGAUAAGUGAGAAAACAGAGUCUCUUACGCAGAGCUCAAGAAGGUCAAGGUCAAGUCAUAGGUCAAGGUCAAGUCGUAGUUCAAGGUCAAGUCAUACCUCAAGGUCAAGUCACAGAACUAAGUCAUAUAGAAGCCACAGUUCUAUAUCAGAUCACAGUUCAGUAAGCUAUGAUAAACCAAAAUCAUCUCAUGACUCCAAGCAAAGGACAAUUAAGGUCAUAAGAGAUAAAAAUAGUCAUGUAUGUGAUAUUGGUGUCCAAACUGGCUUUGAUAUGGAUCAAGGAUUACGUUUACCAUCAGGUCUAGGUGUUGGCAUGGCAACUAGUGGGCAGAGUAUAGGGAUGCAGUAUGUGGACCCAUCUCCCAUAGCAACCCAUGCAGUAUCGGCUGAAGCUCUAGAAGCUGUAACCGCCUAUAAUCCAGCAGUUGUGGCUUUAACUGACAUGCUAAAACAACAGAUAAGGCUGGUUCAACAGUUUGUAGAUGCUAAUAACCGCAUGUAUCAAGCCUACACAACUAGCCUCAACACACAAUACCGUUAUACCACAUUGGAAGAUACCUUGGAGUUCAUAGAGAAAAACAAACCAAGAAGUUUGACAUUGAAAGAAGCUUUAA